UUUCUUCUAGUGCUGUAAGUAAAGCCAAUGCAACCAGGGGCGUACUUUGCACGAUUUGCAUUGGGAGGAGUAUUAGUUUAAGGCAGUAAUUAAGGCUCCGACUUAAUACCUUCCAUAAGUGGUGGUCCCAGCUCAAUCCUUGGCUGUUGGCUCUGGCUGAUGGGAUUUAACACAUUUGGAAAGAGGAAAAACGCGGAACCUGCAAGGAGCUGACCUGCCUGGUUGGCUGCCUGUAAUAAAACAUGGCUAGAGUGGAAAAAUUUGCUUUUCACACACCUACUCCAGAAGAAGUGGCUGAUGUUCUACAGAAUGGACUUAAAGAAAAUUUUGCAGAUGUCCAGGCUUCUGUAGUGGAUUGUCCUGAUAUGACUCAAGAACCCUUCUGUUUUCCUGUUAAAGGUAUUUGUGGCAAGCCUAGAAUAGCAGAUGUGGGAGGUGUUCCAUAUCUUUUACCACUUGUUCAGAAAGACAAGGUUUAUGACCUGAACCUAAUAGCAAAAGAAAUACAGUUACCCGGAGCAUUUUUUCUUGGUGCUGGAGCUGUUUCCUCCAGGGUAGUUGGAAGCAAUGCUGAGUUUGUCCCAAUUGUUCAAGCUGAAAAGGAAGAAAGGGCAGCAAUCAAUGGAAGUUACUUAGCCAAGAUCAACCCUGAGGAUGGUAGCUGUCUGCUCCAAAAAUACAGCUCCUUAUAUAAUGAUUGUGAAUUUGGGCUGCUGGCUAACCUAUAUGCAAGUGAAGGCCUUCCUGGAAAGGUCAUUGAAGUCCGAGCAAAGAGGAGAAUUGGUGAGCAGAAUUUCAUAUCCUGCAUAAGGAAAGCCUUGGAUAAGCAUUAUGGUGACAAAACAGUUGGGAUGGGAGGUACUUUCAUUAUCCAGAAAGGAAACGCAAAACUUCAUAUUAUGCCCUCUGAAUUUUCUGCCUGCCCUUUGGAAACGGACGAGAAAGUGAACAAUUGGCUGAAGUUUUUUGAAAUGAAAGCUCCACUCAUUUGCCAGCCUGUAAUCGUUUCCCAAGAUCCAGGUUUUGACCUGCGUGUGGAGCACACCCACUGUUUCAGCCACCACGGCGAAGGAGGCCACUACCAUAUGGACACAACGCCAGAGACUGUAGAAUAUCUGGGGUAUUUUGUGCUUGCAGAGUUCCUCUUUCGGAUCGACAGACCAAAGGAGACUCAUAUGGUGGGCCGGGAUUAAAGUCUAACCCGCCCAAGAAGCUGGAAUUAAUUAAGGAGCAGAAAAUCAAGAGAUGACUAAAUCUGCUUUUCAGUGAGGUCAACUAAUGUCGAAUCACAACCUGAAUUAUUUGUUUGGCACUUAAAAAUAAAA